AUGACCGAUUCAAUCGACUCAGCAGUGAAACCACGAGCCGCCAAAACCAGACAACGUCAGUUUAAAGGCUUGUCGAUGGCGGAACGGCAGCAGGCGCGUCGUGAAAAGUUGAUCGAAGCUGGCAUUGAAGCCUAUGGCAGUUAUGGCUUUUUUUCAGUCACGGUCAAAGAUAUCUGCAAUGAAGCCAAACUGACUGAACGUUAUUUUUAUGAAUCUUUCAAGAAAAGCGAAGAUCUGUUUCAGACCAUUUUUUUGAAACUGAUUGAUGAACUGCAACAGAAUGUGAUGCAGGCCAUGAUGCAGGCAUCGAGUGAUCCGAAAAAAAUGAUCGAAGCCGGUUUGACGGCCCUACUCACCACCUUGCGUGACAAUCCACGUAUGGCCAGGAUCAUUUAUAUUGAUGCCAUGCUGGUACAGGAACUGCAUAAUCAGGCUACCAUUCAUGAAACCAUGUCGCGUUUCGACCGUAUGAUUCAUGCUUUUGUCAUGUUAAUGAUGCCGCAGUUAAAUCGUAGCGAGCAGGAAAUUUCCCUGGUGUCGACCGGUUUAAAUGGUUAUGUCACCCAAAUUGCCAUUCGUUGGGUGAUGAGCGGUUUUAAGCAUUCGCUUGAGGAGGUUUUAUCAUCCUGCAGUGUGGUUUUUUUAGCACUAUUAGAGUCAUUUUCCGAGAAAAAAUAG